AUGAUGAUAUAUACUUUAGUGCAAAAUUCAAGUAUUGAUUUUGUGGAACUCACAUAUAUUUUCGAAGAAAAUGGUGAGUCUAAAGAAAUAAAAUUAGAGAAAUCCGAUCAAUCGGCAUAUUAUAUACCAACACAAUCCAGUAUUCAACAAAUUUUGUAUAAACCUGAUGCUUUAACUACGUUAAUUAAGAAUAUCAAUAGAAAUGUUAAUCAUAAUGCUAUUGAUACAGAUCUCAUGUUCAAUAAUCGCCAUGCAUUGUUAUUUCAGUUAUAUAUUGAUGAUAUAGAAUUAACAAAUCCAAUAGGUGACCGUAAUGCUCUACAAUCAACUGAAAAUUUUAUUCCAACUCUUGGUUAUCGUAAUUCACCUGUCUAUCUGUCUGUCUGUCUGUCUGUAACAAUGGCACAAAAGACCAAUUUUGUGGUCCGAAUAACUAAUUCUCAUGGUACAAAUGAUCAUUUUUAUGGCACAAAUGGCAUUGUUACGGCAUAA